AUGGACAUGGUAACUGGCAAUAGCAAGACAAGCUUAUCGGCCAGUGCACAUAGCAAAGGCGAGCCUGUCUGCCAGGUAUCGACGCAGGAAUGGGAUAUGCUGAUGCUCUUGGGCAUAUUUGUAGUAUGUGCCCCACCUAACUUCCUUCAGCUGUUCUCCCUGCUGCAGAGUACUUCCCUUUCCUGUGUGACUUUUCCUCUCCCCAUUCUGUUUCCACAGCAAUCAGGACUUUAUGAAUAUAAAAUCUUCGGUGGUCUUGCUGACUGUCCCCCAAAACUGUGUGUGGAUGUCUAUAUGGACUUAGAUUUCAGAAAACAAUGGGAUCAGUAUGUUAAAGAACUGUAUGAGAAAACAUAUGACGGUGAAAAAGUAAUUUACUGGGAAGUGAAGUACCCUUUUCCUCUCUCAAACAGAGAUUAUGUCUAUAUUCGUGAAUGUCGAGAGAUGGAUGUUGAUGGGCGGAAGAUCUGGGUUGUGUUAGCUCAAAGUGUGUCUGUUCCUCAGUGCCCUGAAAAGCCUGGUAUUAUCAGAGUUAAAAGCUAUAAACAAAGUCUGGCAAUUGAAAGUGAUGGCAAGACUGGAUCUAAAGUCUAUAUGUACUAUUUUGAUAAUCCUGGUGGCAUGAUUCCAUUGUGGCUGGUCAAUUGGGCUGCCAAGAGUGGUGUGCCUGCUUUCUUGAAGGAUAUGCAAAAAGCUUGCCAUAAUUAUUCUAAGAGCACAUAGGUCAAAGCUGAUCUGAAUUGUUUACUUCCUACAACUCUGCACUUGGAGUGGCUAUUAUAUAUUACACUGGAUAAAAUCUACCUCCAAACAUUUUCC